AUGAAACUAAAAUUCGCGGGAGUUCUUCUAGUGCUCAGUGUCUCACUAAACGUAGUUAGUGUCCUGGAAUUGCCUCCAAUUCAUUGUCCUAGAAAUGGCACCAUCCCGAGAACCGUACAAAAACGCUUCGUGGAUCCGACUUUUCGGGGAAAUCCUAAAACGCGAGAGGAAGUUUGGCAUAGGAAUUUCAAUACAACUUCCGCUGCGUUUGAUCAGACCCCAGCUCUUAUCACUCUUCUGUACAAAAUAACUACUCAAUACCUCAAUGCCUGCAUCCCAGUUAUCCUCUACGAUAGAUUCGUCCAGAAUUCAGAUAGUAUCAUCCUGCAGAAGCUCUUUGAGAAUUUUCCUGUGACCUUCAUUCAUGGGCGCAUCGAUGGAAAUUAUUCUUUGGAAAAGCCUGAGCUCCUUUUACCGAGUUUAGAUUCAAAGUGUCGCAGUUUUAUUCUCUUUCUAUCGGAUGCAAUGAUGACCAGGAAGGUCCUGGGUCCUCAAAUCCGCUCCAGAGUCGUUGUGAUUCCUCGUUCGACGCAGUGGAAGCUGCAGGAAUUCCUCUCAUCCCCGCUUUCACGAGAUAUCAUCAAUCUUCUCGUGAUUGGCGAGUCCUAUACCGUGGACAUCACCAAGCAGAGACCAUUUGUCCUGUACACCCACAAACUCUACUCCGACGGUUUGGGCGCCAAUAAGCCCGUUGUCCUAACUUCUUGGAUCAAGGACAGACUAACCCGACCGCAUGUAAAUCUUUUCCCAUCGAAAUUCAGGAAAGGAUUCUCCGGACAUCGUUUCCUCGUGGCAGCUGCCCAUCAACCGCCUUUUGUGUUCAAGAGAAAGUCGACCGAUGGUGUAGGGAAUGUGAAUAUCGCUUGGGAGGGAGUUGAACUGAGAAUGCUGAACAUCAUGAAGUCAAAGCUCAACUUCACGUACGAAAUCAUGGAACCACGGAGCCAAGAACUGAGUUCUGGGGAUGGGGUUGUUCAGGAGGUAGCUCAUGGAUCGGCAGAUAUUGGCGUAGCAGGAGCCUAUGUGACCACCAAGAGACUGGAAGAUGUAGAAAUGACUUUUGGACACUCCCGAGACUGUGCCGUUUAUGUAACUCUCAUGUCCAAAGCUCUACCGAGAUACCGAGCCAUCAUGGGCCCUUUCCAGUAUCCCGUCUGGAUAGCUCUAACAGCCACCUAUUUGGUCGCAAUCUUCCCCCUGGCUUUCUCUGAUCGCCUGACCCUGAGUCACUUGAUAGGCAAUGCCGGAGAGGUUGAAAAUAUGUUCUGGUACGUCUUUGGUACCUUCACAAAUUGCUUCACCUUCACCGGCAAGUACUCCUGGAGCACCAGUAAGAAAAACUCAACGAGAAUGCUUAUUGGAUGGUACUGGGUCUUCACAAUUAUCAUAACAUCCUGCUACACGGGUUCUAUCAUUGCCUUCGUGACACUUCCGAUCUUUCCAUCCACUGUGGACAGUAUUGACCAACUCCUCAGUGGAUUCUAUAGAUUUGGCACGCUGGAGAAGGGAGGAUGGGAAUAUUGGUUUGCAAAUUCAACUCACAAAGACACAGCUAGGCUAAUCAAGGACCUAGAAUUCGUCAAGGAUGUCCCUGAGGGACUCAAUAACGUCACGAAAGCCUUCUUCUGGUCAUACGCUUUCCUAGGUUCAAGAGCUGAACUGGAGUACAUUGUCCAGUCCAAUUACACAGAUGACACAAUGGGAAAGAGAUCAGGACUUCACCUUAGUGACGACUGUUUCGGACUCUUCUACACAGGCCUAGCAAUGCCCAAAGAUUCAGUCUACACCGAUCCCUUCAACGACGCCAUCUUGAGGAUUCAACAAAGUGGCCUAAUGAGCAAGAUAGAAAAUGAGGUGUCCUGGACAAUGCAGCGCACUAGCACUGGGCGCUACUUGCAAGUGAUUCCCGGGAAGCUAGCAACAGCCGCUGUCGAGGAGAGAGGCUUGACUCUCGCAGACACAGAGGGCAUGUUCCUGCUGCUGGGAAUAGGCUUCCUCUUGGCAGUGGCUGCUCUGGUUUCCGAAUGGGUAGGCGGUUGCACACGCAAGUGCAAAAGUAUCCUGCUGAGGAGGAAGAGACGCGCAGAGGGAGUCUAUUCGGAAGAUGUCUCAGAGACAACUUCCUACCAUCCCAAUUCUAUGCAACCGGAUAGAGGAGCAAGUGCAGAGUUUGGAAUCACUGGGGCAACAUCCGACGGGGAAAUUCCGAGAAAGUCUAUCAGCUUGCGGAGCUUGAACAAGCAAACGCUGAAAGAAUUGUAUGAUGGACCCAAAAGAAGACAUUCAACGGUGAUUCUGAUGGAUGGUCAAAUGAUGACGGACGCUGAAGCUCUGGAGAAACUCCAGGAAAAGCACAAGGAUGCAGAUCCAAAUGAUCUGGCGAAGAUUUUUGGGUAUCUCGACCAAGAAGGUGACGGGAAAGGAAAAGUCAAGGAUUGUCAUCCACAAAAGGAGUCUUUUGAAUCAGAUCAGGAAGUUAUCAAGGAGAUUCACAAAGCUGAAAUAAAUCGUCCUGCAACACCAUUCUCAAAAGAACAAAUAGAUGAAGCUUUCGGGGAAAAGGUUAUUCAUUCAGAGUAUUAG